AUUUCAUCAUUAGCAUCUGGCGCCAGACGGACGCGGUGAGCAUCAUUUUCACCAAGGAUCUCUCGGAAGAUGAUCAGCAAGAUUAAUAUUGUUUAUUUCGCCCCGUAUUAUUGUCUUGCCUUUUAACGUCAGUGCUGACUGCGUAAAAAACAGCGUUUAAGUUUCCACUACUGGAACAGUUUACCAAGGACCUUCAACCUGUUAACAGAUUAAAAAAAAAAAAAAAAAAAAAAAAAGUUUUUUUUUUCUUUUUUUUAACAAUUUUACACGGUGGUCAAAAAUAUUAGAACCCCGAAUUUCAAGUCAACAUGCCCGAAACAACCCAGGAUACGUGUGCUUCAGCGAAAGACUCUCCAUUUUUCAUUAAAAAUCUUCUAAAUUCUGACAGUAAGCCAUCAAAGCCCAAGCCUAUUUUGGCAUCAACUAAAGCAGGACUUGAUGGCAGCUUCUCGCUCUCUCAGGUUGGGGAAUUAAACUUUCCUCGCUUCGAGUUGCCGACCCAGCGCUUUGCUUUACCGGCUUAUCUUGAGCGCGCCUCUGCAUGGUGGUACCCGUACACACUCAGUGCAUCUGCGCAUCUCCACAGAACAGAAGCAGCACAGAAAGCGAGGGUAUCGUCUCCGACCACAGGCACCGACCGAGAUUCACCUGAGCUCGUGUUCAAAUCCGACCCGGACGCCAAAGACGAUGACGACGAUAACAAAAGUGGAGACGAGAUUGUCCUCGAGGAGAGCGACACCGAAGAGUCUAAAAAAGAAGGCAGCGUGGACGACUGGAAGAAGAGUGACGACUGCGCGGACAAGAAACCUUGCCGGAAGAAGAAAACGCGCACGGUGUUCUCGCGGAGUCAGGUGUUUCAGCUGGAGUCCACCUUCGACAUGAAACGCUACCUCAGCAGCUCGGAGCGCGCGGGCCUGGCUGCCUCGCUUCACCUCACAGAGACCCAAGUGAAAAUCUGGUUUCAGAACCGCAGAAACAAGUGGAAACGUCAGCUGGCAGCUGAGCUUGAGGCGGCCAAUUUGAGCCACGCGGCUGCGCAAAGGAUUGUGAGAGUACCCAUCCUGUAUCACGAGAACUCGGCCUCUGAAAGCUCCAACACUCCGGGCAACGUGCCCGUAAGCCAGCCGCUGCUCACUUUCCCUCAUCCGGUUUACUACUCUCAUCCCAUCGUCACCUCAGUGCCUCUCCUCAGACCGGUGUGAGAGAACGAGAGAUGUCUUUUUCUAUGUAACUAAUGCCGUUUUACAAAGACUUGAAAGAGAGAGAGAGAGAGAAAAGGGGAAAUGAAACCAAGAGACAAAGCUAUUUUUGUUUAGAAAAUCAUUUAAAGAAGAAAAGACGGACUAUCAUGCAUUUGAGCCCUACAUUUUUUUGUUUUGUUUUUAAACUUAUAAAAAUACACAUUAACUACACAUAAAUAAGGAUUGUUUAGAGGCCUACAUUUCUAAUGUUGAUGUUGGUGAUGAAUUACAAUGACUUCGUUAAUUUACUGUCGUCAUUAUUAUUAUUAUUAUUAUUAUUAUUAUUAUUUUAUUAUUAUUAUUAUGCCUACUACUGAUUUAAAAAAAAAAAUUGUCUAUGAAUAUCAUUGACAAAUCAACUUGUUGACAGGUCAAAGUAAAGUGUUUUUAUACACAUGGUUUAGUUUCUUUUUAGCACUGAAAAAUAUCACACAGCCCUGACUACUGAUGUGCAAUACUACUGUGUAUGAAUUGUAUAUUUAGGCAACAGAUUCAUUUUUAAAACUCUUAUUUCGGAUCCUAUUUUUCCCUAACCAACCCGCUAUUAAGUUGAGAAGGUAAACCGCUGAAAACGAUUUUGUGUCCUUGGUCCCGCGCGCUCAAUGGACAAUCAUAGACUAUAGCUUUUGAUUUGACAGGAAUUACAGUUGGACUAAAGACACACACACACACACACACACACACACACACACAGAAAUAAAACUUUUACUUUUUAUCUAUAUUAUUUACACAUGUACAGAUAUAACGAACCGAAUGAGGAAAUGUGUCAUUUGUACAGUAAUAACUGCCUUUUUUUUUUUUACACUGUAUUGCUGAAUUCUGUUGUGAAAUAA